AUGUUAAAGGCCAUCUCUACUUUUCUUAACUUGUAGGAGUUGGCAUUCACUGGGAUGUUUGCCAUGACAGAAAGAGGUCAUGGGAGGAAUGUGCAGGGCAUACUCACUGAGGCUCACUAUGACCCUUCAACACAGUUUGUUGACCAUGCACCUUGUGAAAAUGCACAGAAGAUAGUAUACAUUGGAAAUGCAAUGAAAGGAAACCAUGCUGCUGUUUUUGCACAGCUCAUGAUCAGUGGAGAAUGUCAUGGUUCUCACUGUUUCAUUGUGCCAAUACAAUGAAAUGGGGUCAUGCGUCUAGGAGUGACUGCAAUUGAUAUGGAACAUAAAGAAGGCUUACAUGGAGUUAACAAUAGUAUCUUGAUAUUUGAUCAUGUCAGGAUACCACAGGAAAAUGUCUCACACAGGUUUGGUUCAGUGUCAGCUGAUGGGUAGUACCCCUCUCCCUUUCUGUAAAGUCACUUCAACACCAAGCUUGCUGCUCACCCGACCCGUUUGGAACUCACUAUGACGACAAUGACUGCCAUGAAGCUGGGACUCAUCAUAGCAGUGCGCUACAGUGACAGUUGCAGACAGUGUGGGCCAAAAGACUAAGAGGUUAAAAUCAUUGCAUACCAGACUCACCAUCUGAGGUUGAUGCCCCACUUGACUACUGCCCUUGCGCUCACCUUCACCACAAGACACACUGCAGGGCUGCUGGAUGAAGCUCUAUGCCAGGGGCAGGAUCUUCAGAGUAACUGUCCCCUGCAGGCGUUGGUGGCUGGCCUCAAAGCCUACAGCACAUGGGCCAAUGUGGCCUGCCUACAGGAAUGUCGCAAGUGUAAUGGAGGCAUGGGCUUCAUGAUGGAGAACAGGACCCCCUCUCUGACGUGUGACUCGGAUAUCUUUGUGACUUUUGAAGGAGACAAUAUGGUCAUGCUCCAGGUGGUGCUUUGUGAAUUUUUGAGCCAGUACUACAGGCAGAUGGGAAAAAGUGUGGUAUUUGGAAUGAUCAAAAACAGGACCAGUUAUGCCUCCGACAGCCUCAAAACCAGCUUCCCCAGUUUCUUUGUAGAUAAAGGAGACCUGAGCUUCCUGCUGAAUGCUUUGUGCUACAGGGAGAAGGUCUUACAAUGUAGCCUUGCUGCACGCCUUUACACUAAGGUUAAUAAGAACAAAGAAGAGUUUUUCAGUACCUGGAACUGAUGCCUGCAUCAUUUAAUUGGCCUUGGCCUGGCACACAUACACAGAGGAGGAUGUUUAUGCCACGUGAAUGAAGACCAAGCCUUGUUAAAGAAAUUCUGCCUUCUGCACGGAAAAGGUCUUGUGUAUCAGGAGCGAGGGUGGUAUCUCGAACACGAGUUGACUCACUUGUUCUCCAUUGUUGUGUUCAGCUGUUGGAGUUGUGCAGUGAAGGACGAUGCAUUGAAGGUGACGUCAGACUUCAACAUGCCUUCCUGUAGCAUCCAAUCACCCAUCGGCAGUGUGCCCAACUCCAUUACACCUUGGGGCUUCUAUCCACAGCCCGAGAGCACCAUUCCCCAGUCCUAAAGCCAGCAGAGAGCCACAUUAAAGCUCUGAAGUAUAGACAACCAAUAUACUACAACACUUGGAUUAAAUUGUACUGCUUCCUGUUGGUAAAACAGUUUAGCAAUUUCUCCUACAAUGGAUAACAUUAGGAUGUUUGGAAUGAUGAAAAAGAACGGCACCUUAUUUGUCUUUUCAAAAGUGGGUUUUGGGUUAUGUGGUGUGAAUCUCUAUGCUUUAUGAUUUGCUUGUUCCACCAAUAACAAUGUCAUUAUACAAAUCAAACAUUAUUAUUAUUGAAGGUCUGUUAUUAUAGAAGUAUAUUUAUAUCUGAUCUUGUUUUUAAUAAAUACAAGCAAUGUUAGUAUAAAGGCCCGAUUUGUUUUUAAGCACUAUACAAUCAGCUGUGUGAUAUAAAGUGCAUAUUAAAACUUACCAAAAAAAAUGGGCCGAAAGGUGAAGCACAGCAACACUUAAUGUGCUGGGCAGCACCAGAGAAUAUUUAUAAGGGAAUGGUUAUUGGAAUUAGCUUCUAUGUUCAUAU